AUGUGCAUCGAGCAGAAUUUACAUAGACUGCCUCUCCCUACGUCUCGCACAGAUCUCUUGCAUGAGCAACUCCAACGGCGAGUCUUCUGGGAAUGUUAUAUGAUCGAUCGAUACAGUUCAAUCACUCUCGAUCGCCCUGUUGCUAUACCUGACAUAUCAAUUCAGGUGGGAUUCCCCGCAGAUGCAGAUGAUGAAGAAAUUGAAGCAGCGGAACGAUCUGGAUCCUUCACAGAUUUAGACUCAUAUUGCGCCGUAUCAGCUUUGGCAUCUGCUCCUGGGGCUCGAAAAACAGAAAUGUCUGUUUUCCUAGCUUGUCUCCGGCUCCGGCAAAUAACUUCCCGGAUUCACUCCGAAUUUGGAGAAAAAACCGCCUACUCGAACGCAGGAAAGAGUGUGAAGGCUCGGGGAUCAAUAUAUUCCAAGUUGGAUCGCCUACUCGAUCAGUUACAGCAAUGGCGUUGUUCUUCGCCCGUUUUCGAGGAUCCACGCUGUCUGUACGAGAUGCAAGAAUGGCAUCACCUCCUUUACCUGAGAGAGCGACUUUUACUGGUCAGAAAAGCCAUUGACCUUGUUCCUAAAAGGAACAGCUCCCCGCCCAGAGAUCUUUUGUCACUGUGCCUCAAUAGCGCGGUCGACGCAAUUACCAUAUUCUGUCGACUUUUCCAAGACAAGAAGAUUACGUUUACGAGAAGCUACUUUCAAAUGCUUUUUACGGCUGGCCUCUCAGUUAUGUUUUGCCUCUCUGUGGUUAGAGACUUUGAUCUGGAGACUGUGAUCACUGGAACACAAAGCGUGGCAAUCUGCGAGAGUGCGUUAAAACAAAUGGUGGAAGAGCUACCAGAUGCGAAACGCUAUGUUGCAGUAUUUGAAGCACUAAGGGCAUAUGUUGUACGCAAAUACACUACUGCGAUCAAUUUUCACCCGCACACGGAGCCACUCUUCCGAACGACAGAGUCAAUUCUACAUGACCAAUAUGCUGAACUUGAAAAUGGGUCUCUCUUGGAUUCUCAAACCUCAAUUUCUGGCUGGGGACCAACAUCUUCCUUCCACGCUAUACGCCAAAACCACGAUUCCCAAGUUUUGCUGAACGAAUUAGACGUCACACCCAUCCCCAACAAUAACACACAGAUGCAUACAGAUACAGCGGUUUCUGAGGGGUCAAUUCUAUCAUUUGACAUAUUCGGAGAUGAUGCGUUAUGGAACAUGGAAGCAGGGUUGAGUGAAUAUGCUUGCGGUGAUCCGCCAGCCAAUCUGUAUGGAGAAAAUCCCUUUGAACUGCAAUAUACUCUCUAG